AUGACGAGUGUGGACAAGAAGGAGCAGAUCGUGACAUGGAACGGAGAUCCUGUUCACUGGCAGGAAUAUGUGAAACGUGUGAGAUUGCAGUAUGAGAAGACGGAAUGGAGAAAACGUGGUUUGUUGGGAGCAGAACUUGCGAGCCGCUUGACAGGCCGAGCUUGGGAUGUCGCGUCAGCUGAGCUCAACCAUGAUAAGCUUCAGCGACCUGAUGGAGCAGCUUAUCUGUUGCACUUCCUGGAGGAACGUUUGUGCAAAGCCCCAAUUCCUGACACUGGCCAACGCUUAGAGGAAUUCUUCAUGAAACUGAGAAGAACCCCAGGGUCCUCGAUGGCGGAGUGGGCAGCUCAACUACGUGAAUCCUACCGUCGACUGCAACGUGCGAUGGCACGACAGCGCAAAGACCAAGCAGACCGUUUUGGUUCUCCUGGUGAAAAGACUCCGAAGUCUCCGUCUCACAAGAGCCAUGGAUCUUCUUCUCCACAGCGAAAGUCAGAUGCUACAACUCCUGCUAGAUCUGCGGCCAGAUCGACUUUUGGUUUUCAGGAACCAGCAGCGGGUGCCACAGAACCUGAAGAGCCUCAAGAUCCAGGUCGUCCUGAUCCUACUGAUGGGGGCUAUGACGCCGUGCCACAGUCGGAGACAGCCUCCAACCCUGGUCAUGGAUAUGGUGGCAAUCGUUGGACUGAUGAGCAGUGGACUGAGUGGUAUGCUGAGCGGGAUCGCAGCGCACGUUUGUCAGUGCUGUCAUCAAUUGGCAACAAGCUGGACUUGGGCACUAUGGAGAGAGCCAUGAGAGAUCAAGAAGAAGAACUACUUCUUGCAGAAGCCCAACGAAGCCGUGGUGACUUGCAGAGGCCUCGCCGUUCUUUUUGGGUUGAACAAGAUUCUCAGUGGGGUUUGCUAGGUGAAGAAGUUCAAGAUGAUUUGGAAGAGUCUCCAAUUUGCUGGAUAGGUGAUCGUUUGCCCCCAGAAGUAUAUCCUAGAGAAGAACAUGAGAUGGCAUGGAGUACGUGGCUUCCUGACGGUCACGAGAUGCACUGGGACUGGUUUGAGGAUGAUUUUUAUGCUACUGAUGCGGAUGGAUGCUACUGGUCCUGGGCUGAUACCAAAUCAUGGCUAGACCUGGAGGACUAUUUGCAGUCCAAUCCCAGUGAUGGCCAACAGACCCAGGAGAUUUCUCCACUUUCCAUGACCGUGUGCGAACCUUCAAGGUCAGUUCUCAUGGUAACUGGUGUUGAAGAAUGUUCAGAUGGUGAUGAAGUAGAUCCUGAUAUGGGAGAAGUUCUAGCGACCGUUGCUCUACAACAUCCUGGACAUGCGGUCAUAGACACCGGUGCUACGGAGACCAUCGCCUCCCUGGAGGCACUGGAAGAAGUGAUGCAGAUGCGGGCUGCCAAGUUUGGACCUGAGGAAAUCACGGUUCACCAGCGUCAUAAGAAGUUUCGCUUUGGCAAUGGGCAAGAGCAGAGAGCAGCUUCCUUUGUCGAACUUCCUCAAUUUCUAGCCGGCAGUGGUGUGAAGUUGGGUGUGCACACAUUGGAUGCACCAGGUGUUCCUCUGUUGUUGUCUGUGAAAACCUUACAGAGCCUGAAGGCAGUGAUAGAUGUAGAUGAAGGCAUGAUUUGUUUCACAGCUGUCCGUGCAGAACACUGGUUGCCCCUGAAGAGAGGACCAAAUGGUCAUCUGUUGUUAGACCUGACAACGGAUUGGUACUCUUCUGAAGCUGGUGCAGAUGGCUAUGUGCAGUCCCAGAAUUCUCACUCUCCGUCCCAAUUGACGUAUAAGGAUGCAGCAGCUUCAGACGUGUCAUUGGUUGAGCAGGCAAAGGUAGAUGAGGUUUUCAGUGCUGAAAGACAUGACCAACAUGGAGCAUGCGGUGAAGGUAUGCAUGAGAAGGUUGAGCAGGUUCAUGAAGUUGAAGGUGUAGUCAAAGAUGUAUGCGGUGAUCUUCAGAGUCGUCCUGAAUCUGCAGAUACCUCCUCUCCCAAUGCAAACUCAGGCUCAAGCAUGCUUCGCGGACUUCCCGUCCUUGCUGCAAUAGCUGUUGCGACAACUUCCUCUCCUACCUGGAAUGGCUCAAUCCACCGAGAAGAGCCCCGAGACCGUGGAGACCUCUGUCCCAAAGGCCAAGGCCAAGACUCGUGGGCGUGCCUCCACUCGCAUCCCAACUCCCGAGAAGUACGACAUGUCGAGGGCAGAAGGCCCGGAUGCGAGGGAUGGGAGGGCCCAAGGUUGCCCCUGCUGGGGCAAUCAUGUCAGCAUGCCGGAGGGCCGGGGCAGUCUGAGCGGGCGCAACGCCCAUGGUAUGUGGAAAGUCUGCAGCAAGUGCAGGCUCAGGAUCCAAUAUGUGCCGGCAUAUGGUGCGACCGGAGCUCACCGACAAGCCGGACCUCUGGCACCAGACGCCUGGCACCAGACGCCGCCACGGCCUUGGAGCGUGUUGGAAAGACAAUCGAGAACGAUGUGAAGGCCAGGGAGAAUCUCAACUCCAAGAUGGCGAGCACCAUCGGUGCAGAGGAGUCACUGAAGAACAAGCUGAAGAAGCUGGAAGCAGAUCGCCUGAAGGCCACCUCCUCGGCCCCAGUCCGACCGAAGGCCUCGGCCGAUCAGACUCAGGUGGUGACCGAGACUUCCAAGAAAGCGGCCAAGAGGGAGAAUGCCACCACUGCGGAGGAGGACUACAUCAAUGCCGCCAACGAAGUUAUGGAAGAGUUCUUUGGCAAGAGCAGCGAUGUGGAGUUGAUGGAAGUUUGUUGUCCGACGGACAGCAGACUGGUGGAGACCUUCUUGAACAAAGGCCGGAGUGCUAUUCGCAUUGGUCUUCCUGCCAUCGACCUCAGCAAAAAGAAAGGUCUUGAGGAGCUUUUGCGUAUGAUCGAGAAACACCGUCCUGCUGUCCUUUGGUUUUCACUUCCUUGUGGCCCAUACUCACCCAUUCAAGAGCUCUUCAACGAGAACACUCCUGAGAAACUACAGCAGAGCGAGCUGAGAAAGGCUAGGUCACGGAGACUUAUGGCCAAUGGUAUAACAGCUGCUCGACGUCAAGUGAGUCUUGGUGGAGAGAUUGGAUGGGAGUGGCCUCGAGACAAUCGAGGUUGGAAUGUGGCGACAGUGCGUGUGUUUUUCAAUGAGUUGCUUGCGAAGGGCAUGUGUCAUGAGGCAAAGCUGGAUGGUUGUGCCUAUGGUCUGAAGAAUAGCGAUGGUUUCUUUUUGCGAAAACCUUGGAAGGUGAAAACAACAUCGCCGACCCUGGCAGCUGCACUUCAGCGAGCAUGCCCUGGCAAUCAUGAACACAGAGAAUGUUUAGGCGGCAAAACAGCUAGAGAUUCAGGUUUUUAUCCACAAGCUCUGUGUGAUACAAUCCAGAAGACUGUGCGAGAAAUGGUGAACACUAAGGUGGAGAAUGUUUUCCCCGUCUUUGAUGCGCAGCCUUUGCAGAUGGAAAAGAAACCUGAAUUGCCUGAACCUUUGACUGCCAAUGAGAGAAAGGAAGCAGAGAAGCUGCUGAGCAAGCUUCAUCGAAGAACUGGACACCCAUCCAAUUCAGCUCUGGCUAGCACUCUUCGACACCGAGGAGCACACUAUGAGGUAGUCGAGAUGGCAAAACGACACCAGUGCCCUGAGUGUCAAGAGCUGAGAAUGGUGCCCAAGGGUGAAAGCAGAAACGCCACAGGACCUGAGGUUGUGAAAGGCCUGCAAGAUACGUGGGUGCGACACUAUGGAUUGCCCGGAAUGGUGCGAAUGGAUCCCGAGGGAGCUUUUAGAUCUCAUGAGUUGGGCCAAUGGGGAGAAGAACGAGGUGUUCAAUUGCUGCCUUGCGCAGCAGAGGCGCAUGGGCAGAUAGGCCUGGUAGAACGAGCUAUUCAGACCAUCAAAAACACCACUCGCCAGUUGGUCCAAGGUCAAGAUGUUUCUCCUUGGGAUGCAAUUCAACAAGCCUGUCUUUCUCACAAUGAACUUGCUCGAGUAGAAGGUUUUUCUCCUUUUCAAUGGGCAUUUGGAAAGCAGCCUACCAGUCAAGGGCACAUGCAUGAUCGUGGACAUGAUCUUCCAUUUUUGACUUCAUCUGCGGUGGCCGGCAGUAGCAUGGCAGCCAAUCUUCGUCUUCGAGUGCAGGCGCAGCAAACCUUUUUGAGACAGCAAGCCAUGGAGCAAGUUUCCCGAGCCUUGAAUAUCAAAACGAGACGGGCUCAAACCUUUGUUCCUGGUGAUCUCAUUUUUUUCAAGAGAGUGAAGCCUCCUGCACAGCCUGCAGCUGCUGCGCGGAUGUCCCACAAAUUGUGGAGGUGGUAUGGUCCUGGGCGCGUCCUUGCAACAGAAACCAGAACAGAUGGAGUAGGCGAAGUGAGAAAACCUUCAAAUGUCAUAUGGAUAGUGAGUCAUGGCCGUUUGAAAAGAUGUUCUCCAGAGCAGUUGAGACAUGCUUCAGAACGUGAAAGAUUGCUGGCAGAGGGCAAUGAGUCGCCAGCAACGACAUGGACUUUUCACUCCAUUGCUCAAACUCUUUUCAAGGGAGAGUACGAGAUUUUGGAUCAGCAUGUUUUCCCUGAGGACUCUGAAGCAGUUGCAGCACCUCGAGCACCUCGCAGGGCUCGUUCUCUGAGCAGAUCUCGUGCUCGUUCCUUGAGCCGUUCAGUAGCCAGGAGAGUUGACCAGCCAAAGAUGGCAAGAACUGAAAAGACCCCUCAAAAUUUGCGAAACCCGAGUGACGGCGGUGGGGCACGCCAAGAGGUCACCGAGGAAAACAAGACCCUUCAAGAUUUGUAUGAUGAGACUUCUGGCGGUGGGUUGAACUUAGGAAGAUACCUUGAUGAUCCCAUGUAUGCGCCCGCGCCUUCUGCAGUGACGAGAGAUCGUCCAACUUCUGAGCUUUUCCAGCAGCCGCUUUUCAAGAAGCAGCGCAUGGAUCUAUAUGGAAAUGAUGAUGGAGAUGAGUGGUUCAUUGGCCACACUACCUCUUCCGAGACUCAUACUCUGGGAAGUGAUCGGCUGGUGUGCACUUUUGACCUGGGCCUUCCAGAGCGUCAGUCGGAUUGGCGGAGACUGAGACGCUCACCUGAGGCCUACUAUGUGAAAAAGGUCAGAAACACAGAGAUCAAAUGGCAUCUCCUUUCUCCAGAAGAGAAGCUCGAAUUUGAAGAGGCGAAGCGUGCAGAAGUGAAGCAAUGGCUGACGGCACAAGCGGUGAAGCGAGUGCAGGGCUUCAUCCCCAAGAAGCGCAUCAUUUCAAUGCGCUGGGUGCUCACCAGAAAAGAGAGCGGUGCAGCAAAAGGAAGAAUUGUUUUGAUCGGCUAUCAAGACCCCGACCUCUCAACUAUAGAAUCAUCAGCACCUACCAUGUCCAGAAGGACUAGACAGGUGGCAUUGCAGAUGUCCUCGGUGCGUCGAUGGAGGGUGUUGAAGGCAGACGUCAAAGCUGCCUUUUUGCAGGGCCAUGCAACAGAAGCUGAUCGACAACUCUAUGCCAUGCCAGUGAAGGAGCUGGCUCAGGCCAUGAAUCUCCAGGACAAUGAAGCAGUGCAGGUGAUUCGAUCAUGUUAUGGUCUAGUUACCGCGCCAGCGUCAUGGUUUUCCACCAUCCGUGCUACUCUGGCUGAGCUGAAUUUUCAUCAAUGCAAAACAGACCCUUGCAUGUGGACUUAUCACUCAAAAGUCCCAGGUAAAGGUGUGAUCGGCUAUAUCUGUGCUCAUGUUGAUGAUUUUCUGAUCAGUGGAUGCGAAGAAACGGAUGAGUGGGUUGCUGUUUUGGAGCAGUUUUAUGCCAAGUUCCGCUGGUCACCUUGGGAAUUUUCCACCUUCAGUCACUGUGGAGUGAUGAUUCGUGAAGAAAGUGAUUUUUCUUUCAACCUGGACCAUUCAAGCUUUUGCGAGAGCAUUGAUCAGGUUGAAUUCCAGUCACGACCGGAUCAUGAACUGCUGACUGGUGAGGAGCUGACGCAGCUGCGUGGCGCGUUGGGUGCCCUCCAAUGGAGAGCGCAUCAGACCGCUCCACAUUUGAGCGCAAGGCUGGGACAGUUGCAAAGUGAAAUUUCCAAAGCCACGGUUGGCACAGCAAAAUCAACCAAUAGACUCAUCAGGGAGUGUUUUAACAGUCGGCAUCUUUCCACUCGCAUUAAUCAGUUGCAUGUUGAAGAUCCCACCAAAGUAGUGUUUGUAGCUUGGUCCGACGCUGCCUUAGCCAAUCGGAUCGAUCUUGGAAGUACUGGUGGUUUCCUUGUCGCUGCGGCAAGCCCUGAAAUUUUGAAAGGGGAAAGAGCGCCUCUUUCUUUCAUGGCAUGGCGUUCCAGCAAAUUGCAACGAAAAGCACGUUCCUCACUUGCGGCAGAGGCUCAGGCGUUAGCCGAAGCCGAGCAGGUGCAGGCGGCGCUCUGGGAGGUUCAGCCUCUCUCGGUGAACAGCAACUCAUUGCGCGCCACCAGUCGCAGGAACCUCUCGGAGUCUCUGAUCAUUGACGCCAAUGUCUUGGGCUGGGAGACCAAGCAAGGCCGAGGAGAUUGGUCAGCCAAUGCAGAAUACGUCAAUCAUGAUGAUGCGGUGCUGAGGUGGAAAAAGUGA